AUGUCAGCAACACAGACCGUACAAAUUAUAAGCAUAUCCACAGCGCUGCUGGCGUCGGGUGGCAUCGCAGCAUUGUCCCUUUUCGACAUACCCAUGAUACAAUCACAACCGGCAUCCCGCUCUCUUCCUAUGGUACGCUGGCUUUUCUCACGGGGCUCUCACACCUUCCCAACCGCGGCAAUUACUUCAGCCUCCGGCUUCGUCUAUCUCGCUUACAGCGCCCUUCCCACCUCAUCUCUCAACUCCACAUCGUCAUUACUCCAGCAUGCUGUGAAGGGAAAGCCAGGACUCUACCUUGUAGCCGCAGUACUUUCCUUCAGCAUCGCACCAAUCACCAGUUUUAUGAUACCAACCAACUUUGCCCUUAUCAGGAAGAAUGAGGAACUGGGCGGGAGCCGAAGUGCAGCAUCUGCUGAGUAUCGAGAGAAAGCUGGAUUGAAGGGGCGAAGCGCUGAUGAAUCUGUCGAUAGCAAGGAUGACGUGAGUCAAUGGAAAGACUUGAGCGUACCACAAGAGAAGACCGAGAAGAACAGUAGCGAAGCGGAAGAUAAAGAAGUGAGCGAGCUGUUGGACAAGUUUGGUAAGCUAAACAUGCUCCGAGCGCUGGCUAUUGGGUUGGGUGGUAUUGCGGGGUUGAUGGCUGCGUUGGCGUAG